AAUAGAUAAAGUUGGUAAUUCUUAAUAUAAAGGUCAAUUAUUUUAUCAGUUCUGACAUUUUUGAUUAUAUUAUAAUUAUAGAGAUUAUAGAAAAAAGAACAAAACUUGUGUUCGUUACGAGUUGAACUCCUAUCAAGUAGAAUAUCAGAGCAUUACGUGGGGGAGAAUGGCUACUCGUGGAGGAAGAGGCAACAGUGAUUCCUCCACUCUCGAUUACUCAGUUCGCUGUGAAACGCUCGCUCGCUCGUUCGUUCGCAAAGCGGCGAUUUCUGCACAACGAAUAAUAUUCCAAUAAUUUAAAGAAAAAGAAACAAGUGCUUCAAGUGCAAACAAAUUUACCACAAGAAAAAAAUGCUACAUUUAUUGAUUCGUGAUUCUUAAUAAUUAAUAAUAAAAAGUAAAGAAAGAAUUUUGAGGUUAAGUGCGCAACCAUUCAUAUACCAGGAAAUGCGUCUCUAGUUGAUUUAUUAAUUGCAUGUGUUUUGUGUUUUAAUUGUCAUUAAUGUAUCAUCAAAAAUUUUGUAUUGUCAUUUAUCGAUGAAACGUCUAAAAGGACAAUUCAUCACGACAAAUACAUAAAAUGUCCUCUGUUUUUUCAAAAUUAAUCGACAAAACAUCAACGAAAUGUGGAAUACGUCAGGAAUAUUUAACAAAAGGUGUUGUCGGCACAUUGACAGCACUUUAUCUAUUGAAAAUUGGUUAUCCCUAUAUUGCAGCUGGUGCAAAAUGGAGUCAAGCAAAGGUGUCGGGUGAUAAUAAUAAAAAACAAUUAACGAAGAACAAUGAAAAGGAAAACAAUGACAUACAACAUAUUCGACAUUGUCAUGAUAUUGACAAUGAAAAUAAAACGAAAAAUGGGAAAAAAUCAAUAGUGGGACUUGAUAGAGUAUUUUUUAAACAGCUGAUUGCACUAUUGAGAAUAAUGAUUCCAGGAUGGCGAACGAGAGAAGCAGGUUUGCUGACCUGUGCCACCUUGGCUCUACUCACAAGGACUUUUCUCUCUGUUUAUGUAGCCACACUCGAGGGGCAAAUUGUCAAGAGAAUUGUCCUAAAGGAUGUCAGAGGUUUCUUUUUUAUGAUGGCACGAUGGUUUGCAAUUGCAUUUCCGGCCACUUUUAUUAAUUCAGCAAUUAGAUAUUUAGAGGGACGUCUAGCACUUAGUUUUAGGGAACGACUAGUAGAGUAUGCUUACAAGAUGUACCUCAGUCAGCAAACCUACUAUCGAGUAUCUGCUCUUGAUACUCGUUUAGGAGGAGCUGAACAAAGACUAACGGAUGAUCUCUCAGAAUUAGCAGGCUCCGUCGCACAUCUUUAUUCUAGUUUAACUAAACCCCUAUUGGACUGUGCUCUCGUGGGAAUUGCUCUUAUUUCAUUUUCGGCACGAAUGGGAGCGAGAACUGUGCCAGGUCCAUUGCUGUCACUAAUUGUGAUUAGUGUAACGGGCCAGGUGUUACGUUUGGCAUCGCCAAGAUUUGGUCAACUUGUCGCCGAGGAGGCAUCGCGUCGUGGACAUUUGAGGGAGGCACAUGCACGAAUUAGUGCACACGCCGAAGAAAUUGCAUUUUAUGGUGGACAUCAGGCGGAGCAUCGUUAUCUUAAUAAAGCAUACAAAUCGCUCACCGUUCAUUUAAGAAGAAUUCUUGCCCUUAAAUUAUGGUACGUGAUGCUCGAGCAACUUCUCAUGAAAUACGUGUGGUCGGGAACUGGACUUCUCGUUAUUGCCCUUCCCAUCCUGUACACCUCGCGGACCAAAUCUUCAAGUCUUAUGCAAGAAAAUAACGGCGAUGGGGUGAGUGAAAGAACAGGGUAUUUGACUACAUCGAAAAAUCUCCUAUCAUCCGGCGCGGAUGCUGCUGAGAGACUCAUGUCUUCUUAUAAGGAAUUAGUCGCUCUGGCAGGAUAUGUAGCAAGAGUUAGUGAAAUGUUGGACGUAUUUAGAGAUGCGGCUUUGUGCAAAUAUUGUAGAAACGUCGUAACAAGUGGUCAAUCUAGAAUGAGUAAUGGGAGCGUGUCAGUGCCAGUGGAAAAAGUUAUAGAAUUCCAAGAUGGCACGCCUGUCAUUAAAGGUAUCGUUCGUGAAAGUUCCGAUGGCAGCAUCAGUCUCAUGGAUGUGCCAAUCGUUACACCCAAUUGCGAAGUUAUUGUAUCAAAAAUCAACAUUCAGAUAAGACCGGGCGACCAUUUAAUAAUCACUGGACCAAACGGAUGCGGGAAGAGUUCCCUCUUUCGAGUGAUAUCCGGUUUGUGGCCGGUCUAUAAGGGAACAUUGAUUCGUCCAUCGGAGACAUGUUCAGUGAGAAAUGGAAGGCCAGCAUUAUUUUAUAUACCUCAAAAGCCGUAUAUGACUGUGGGUUGUUUAAGGGAUCAAAUCACAUAUCCCGCGGAAUGCAAAAAGAAUGAAUCAAAGGAUGAGGAAUUAUUGAAACUUCUUGAUCUUGUCGAUUUAAAGGGACUUGUCGAGAGAGAAGCUGAUGGUUUAGAUGCCCAUGGCGAUUGGGAUUCAACAUUAUCGGGCGGUGAAAAGCAAAGAUUGGCAAUGACUCGUUUAUUUUAUCAUGCGCCUCAAUAUGCAUUAUUGGAUGAAUGCACAAGUGCCGUUAGUCUCGAGGCUGAAGGGACUCUAUAUGAGACUGCAAAACAACGUGGCAUUACACUUUUAACAAUUACACAUCGAGUCUCGUCGCUCGCUAAAUAUCAUCGUUUAUUAUUGGAAUUCGACGGCGAAGGAAAAUGGAAUUUGGGACCGUUGGAUCCUAAUUCAGAAGGAAUAGAGAAGAUUUCGAUAAAUUGUGAUCAGGAGGAGGUUGACAGGAAAGAGGGACAUUAUCGAAGAUUGCAGGAGGUUCGUGGAAUGCUCAAAGAAGACACGCACAUUGGAAUCAGUUGAGGGUUCAUGUUACUCUUUCCCUCGUGUGCAAAUUCUUGCGAUAUUUAUUUUAUUUCGCGUGAAAUGUACAUAAACAAAUUUUUUAUUUUGGGCUUUCUCGAUAAAUUUUAGAAAUUUAAAAAUGUACAAAAAAAAAUGAAGAGGAAAAAACUGAAUGGCUGAGAUUAAAACAAGGAAAAUAUUAUUUUUUUAAAAGAGAGAGAUGCAAUCUUUAUAGAAAAAAAAAAUGUUUCCUGCGUUCGGAAGCACAAAAAUAAUAAUAUUAUAAAGUAGAUAGUUAAUAUUUCAUUAUUUUUUAUUUUUAAUUUCGUGCAUAAUUAGCAAAACUUCUUUUUCUUUAUUUAGUGAUUAUUAUUGUUAACUUAAAAAAUAUAAAACAAAGAUUUUUUUGGCAAAUAUUUUAUGUUUAUUCGUUGCUCAAUGAAUAAUGUCGGCAAAAUUUUUAUGUGUAGAUUUUGAAAAGUAAUAAAUAUUUAAAAAUUUCUCUUUGAAA